GAGCCGAGAGCCAGAUUUAUUCCCGUGCGAGAGAAGCGGACGCAGGAGCCCGCGGGUCCUGGCAUCAGUGUGCGUAUCCUUUCCCGCGUCCUGCAGCAUGCAGCUCUCCCGUGCGCUGGCCGCGCUGUGCGGCGUGUUGCUCUGCGCCUCCGGCCUCUUUGCCGCGUCCGGUGACUUCUGUGACUCCAGCCUGUGCCUGAAUGGUGGGACCUGCUUGAUGGGCCAAGACAAUGACAUCUACUGCCUCUGCCCCGAGGGCUUCACAGGCUCUGUGUGCAACGAGACUGAGUCAGGACCCUGCUCUCCAAACCCUUGCCACCAUGAUGCCAAAUGCCAAGUGACCGGGGACACACAGCGAGGAGACAUCUUCACUCAGUACAUCUGCCAAUGCCCUCUGGGCUACUCGGGCACCCACUGUGAGACCAUGAAUGAGACCAUCUACUACAACCAAGAAGACUACCUGUCCACCACAGAAAUCCCCACCACCCUGGUCCCCAACCCUGGUCUUUCCAACGACCUAAACUCCCGUUGCACUACAAAGCUGGGCAUGGAAGGGGGCGCCAUUGCUGACUCACAGAUUUCCGCCUCGUCCGUGUAUGUGGGUUUCAUGGGCUUGCAGCGUUGGGGCCCGGAGUUGGCUCGCCUGCACCGCACAGGAAUCGUCAACGCGUGGACGGCCAGCAACUAUGACAGCAAACCCUGGAUCCAGGUGAACCUUCUGCGGAAGAUGCGGGUGUCAGGUGUGAUGACGCAGGGUGCCAGCCGCGCGGGGAGGGCAGAAUACCUGAAGACCUUCAAGGUGGCUUAUAGCCUGGAUGGACGCAGGUUCGAGUUUAUCCAGGAUGCAAAUGGAUCUGGAGACAAGGAGUUUGUGGGGAACCUGGACAACAGUGGCCUGAAGGUUAACAUGUUCAGCCCCGCUCUGGAGGCACAGUACAUACGGCUGUACCCCAUCUCAUGCUACCGAGGCUGCACCCUUCGCUUCGAGCUCCUGGGCUGUGAGUUGCACGGAUGUUCUGAGCCCCUGGGCUUGAAGAAUAACUCCAUUCCCGACAGCCAGAUGACGGCCUCCAGCAGCUACAAGACUUGGAACCUGCGUGCCUUUGGCUGGUACCCCCACUUGGGGCGGCUGGACAUGCAGGGCAAGAUCAAUGCCUGGACUGCCCAGAGCAACAGUAACAAAGAGUGGCUGCAGGUUGACCUGGGCACUCAGAAGGAAGUGACCGGAAUCAUCACCCAGGGGGCCCGUGACUUUGGCCACAUCCAGUACGUGGCAUCCUACAAGGUGGCCUACAGUAAUGACGGUGUGCAGUGGACCGUGUAUGAGGAACAAGGGACCAGCAAGGUCUUCCAUGGCAACUCGGACAACAACUCACACAAGAAGAACAUUUUUGAGACCCCCUUCAGGGCCCGCUAUGUGCGUGUCCUCCCUGUGUCCUGGCAUAACCGCAUCACUCUGCGCCUGGAGCUGCUAGGCUGUUAGUGCUCGGUCCUUCCCGCCCGAAUGACGACCGGAAGGGCCAGAGGCUGAG